AUGCGCGUGUCUGGUCUCCUUUCAAUUCUUGCAGCCACUUUGACCACGGCCCAAGACUACACGAUCACCUUUCGAAGCCUGGAAGAGCAGGACCCUGAAUCGUCAUCGUUACCUUCAGACUUCUCGUUCGACUUCGAUGGUACCAACUCAGACAUUGCGCGACAGCUUUACACCCGUCAUCGAUCUGGCGAUACCAGCGCCGCAGUCUCCAUCAAGUCCGUUCCGACUGCAGUGACCGACAGACUCGACUCGUUAAAGAUAGCGUUCACUCAUUUGCCGGGACUGGUUCAGCUUGCGGUUCUAUGGGAUACAGGCUUCGGCAUCUCUCCUAAUGGUGACCCCGUGCAAAUCUGGACCACAGGAGACUUUACCAUGGCAGACAUCGCCGUAUCUCCAGACGAUAUCACUAACGUGAACUGCACGAUGUUAGAAUGCCCUCAACCAAACGAUACGCCAGCUUACUCAAGUCAAUAUUGUUCUGGAACUCAGAUCCUCAACGUUUCUCGAUGCAUAGUCGACACGUUCGAGGACUCUGGAGCGAAAGAUUUCUUAGGAAUAAUGUGGUCUACAGGUGGAGACGCGACUAUGACUCCCCACAUCCGACUGAGAGAUCAUACGUGGACGGAGCCCACGACGGGGGUUUCCUACAGUGUCUACGCUGUUCAUACGGUUUCUAGCGCCGACGAUCCGACGUGGAACCAAUGUCCGGUUAACAAUGGCUACUCUUCGUUGAUUGUUCCGUGCCACAAGAGAAGCGAGUUCAGUGAUGCUGAAAUGGCUGCAGUGAACAAGCCCAGAGGAAGCGAGUGGGUGACGAUGUGGCUGAAAGACGAAUUCGCUGUCGGGGACUCAUCAGGAUUCGAUGAGCUCUUGUUGAUUCCUAUUCUUCUCUCUUCUUCUUGUUGCGAUUUUGACGUGGUUUCUCCAAACUACUUGGGUGUAGUAGCACACGAGCAAGCUCGUCGAGGGACGGUGGCGACGACAAGCUACGGGCCGUCCAUUUCUAGUCACCAAGGCGACUACGAGAGUGCAGGCUCCAACCAAACGUUCAAGAUCUUGCUGCAUAGUCAGCACCUUCUUGGAAAUCGAAUCCCGUACGAAAGUCUCUCGUUCCAGAUGGAAUUAUCCAAAGCAGCUUCAGGAGAAGCUUGGAUUUGCCAAUACGGGAGGCCAACCGCGUUCGCAGAAGAGAUUGAGUUGACGGCCAGUCUGAUUCAUCCUCACAUUGUCAAGUUCAUUGGCGUGGCUUGGAAUAGUCUCAGCAACUUGUCAAUGGUGCUGGAAUUUGUGUCGGAAGGAGAUCUCCAGGGCUUUUUGCACAAAAACUCCGAUGUCUUGUCGUGGGCGGGAGAUCGAAUCUACAUGGCUGUCGCCGUGGCCGAAGCGCUGGAGUAUCUGCACUCUCGAAGCCCCGCAAUUAUCCAUCGGGAUCUCAAGUCGAACAAUAUCCUUUUAACGGAAGAUCUCGACCCGAAACUCAUCGACUUUGGAGUAAGUCGCGGCGUGAUGGAUCUCACGAUGACAGCGGGUGUGGGUACUCCGUACUGGACGGCGCCAGAGGUUCUGGAGGGAGCUCGAUACUCUGAGAAGGCAGAUAUCUACUCGUUCGGGGUGGUCUUGUCGGAGCUCGACACGGGACGGAUCCCGUACUUUGACACAGUGGACCACGAUGGAGCAAAGUUAAUGCCCUUCCAAAUCCUACAAGAAGUCAUGGCUGGCACGUUGCGACCAAGUUUCUCGGUAGAUUGCCCGCCCAGAAUUCAGCGAAUUGCUGCAGCGUGCCUCUCGUUCGACCCUUCCGACCGACCAACAGCGCAAGAGUUAAUCCAGUGGCUUGAAGGUUGA